ACCUGUCAACACCUUCACCUGUCAACACCAACUAAUAGAAUCUACACUUUCCUGGUCUAUUUAUGUCACUUCUAUGUUACUUUUGAAUUGGUGAACUCCUUGGGUCACCAUCAGAGGGAGGGAGGCAGGGCGGGGGGGUCAAUCACUCCUUCAAUCACCUGUCAACGCCAACUAAUAGAAUCUAUACUUUCAAGGUCUAUUUAUUUCACUGCUGUGUUACUUUUGAAUUGGUGAACUCCUUGGGUCACCAGCAGAGGGAGGAAGGGGGGCGUGGGGGGUCAAACACUCCUUCGGUCACCUGUCAACAUCCACUGAUAAGAAAUCGUUUUCCCGCCUUCACCUUUACGUCACUGUCAUGGUGCUAAUAGUGAAAAUAAUAAGCGAAAUUAGUGUUUUUCUUCGUUUUCUGUUAUUCGUAACCCUUAAAACUGCUUCCACCUCCGUAAAUCGAUGAAUAAUAACGAUAAUAAGUGCAACAAUAAACGAUCAAUCAAAUUAUCGUACUCACAAGAUCGUUUUUUCCAAUUUCUCGCCCGUAACUUUCGCAAAAAUCAUCCGUAAUUAGCGAUUUUAAUGAUGACUAUAAAUAAAUCUCGUUAUCGAGGUGUGGGUGACAUUUUGAGUUGGAUAUCAGCAGUGAAGAAAGUAACCAUAUAUAUUGUUUGGUAGGGUUUACUGAUAUAUUUAGACUCUUAUGUGUAUUCUUUGCAGCUUUUAUAAUUAUGUCUAUACUUUCUAGGUUAAAACAUGCAUGGGUACUUGGAGCUUUUUGGGGGUGACUAUAGAUUUUUUUUUUGUUUGGUAGGUUUUAUUCAUAUAUUGAGGCUUUUAUGGGUAUGUUUUGCAGGUUUUACAAUAGAUCUAUACAUUUUUCUGGGUUAAUAAUGUAUAACUUCCAAAUAAACAAUAAAAUCAACCAAUCAAGAAAUACAAGCUGCUGCGUACGACUAUCCGGCAAUAUUAUGGGAGUCAGCUCGCAGAUGAAACAUAGCUCGCAGAGAGGUCCAACUUCCUUAUAUUUUUAUUCAUAUUUAACUCACCACUAUCAUUUAUCUGUCCUAUUUUGGCCCCAAUACAUGGAAAAAACACCAGAGUAACACUUUUAAUCAAGAUAAGGUUUUAUAACAACCGAACAGGGCAGAUUUUAGACAGAAUUACUCCCCACUCAGUUCUUGCUGGUUUGGUCUACUGGUCUGGUGUGUUGCUUUCUUGCAGGCACUAUCAAACAUCACAAUUGGACAAAAUAUAACAAAAUCCUAAAUUAAUAUGUUUUUUCUGCCGUAUAUUCCUCGGUACCCUCGCGUGGUGGAGAGCAGAGCGACUUAUUUCCGCGGUGACUUAUUUCUCGUAACAGAACUUCCCGCCAGAAUCAAUCAGCUGACGGCCACUUUGGUUCCCUUGUGGUGUGUCCGUGCUCAAGAGUCCUUUUAGAGUCCUAUUAAGGAUGGCAGGACUGCUGGAGUGCUGCAAGGAGUGUUUCGGGACUCAGGAUCUUUACGAGGUCCUGCAGGUCACGAGGAAGGCCACGGAGAAUGAGUUGAAGAAGGCCUACCACAAGGUGUCCCUGCGUGUUCACCCCGACCGUGUGAGUGAGGCGGAGAAGCAGGGAGCCACACGCAAGUUCCAGACCCUUGGGAAGGUGUACUGCAUCCUCUCCGACCAGGACAAGCGGGCGGUGUAUGAUGAAACAGGCGAGGUGGACGAGGAGAACGUGAUCCCAGAGGACCGAGAUUGGGACCAGUACUGGCGUCUCCUCUUCAAGAAGAUAACAGUGGAGGACAUCAAGAACUUCGAGGACAAGUACAAAGGGUCUGAGGAGGAGCUGAGUGACCUAAAACAAGCAUACGUGGACGGCCAGGGCAGCAUGGACUACAUACUGGAGAACGUGCUGUGCGCCACCAUUGACGACGAACCCAGAUUUGUGAAGAUCAUUGAGAAGUGGAUCAGGAAGGACGAGGUGCCAAGGCUUGACAACUUCACCAAAGACUCCAAGAGGAAGAAGGACAGCAGGAAGCGCAAGGCCGCGGCAGAGGCAGUGGAGGCGGAGGAGCUGAAGAAGGAGCUGGGCCUCAACGACACCGUGGACAGCCUGCAGAGCCUCAUCCUGCAGCGGGGGAAGAAGCGCGCCGGCGAGAUGGACUCCUUCCUCGACUCCCUGGCGGCCAAGUAUGGGGGCGCCGGCGGGGGAGGGAGGAAGAAGGGCGGCAAGAGGGCUGGGAAGUGAAGGUGACAAUGAUGCUAUUGGUGGUGGUGGUUAGGGAUGUACCGAUACCAAAAUUUUGACCCAUACCGAUACCCCAAUAUUUGACCAAUACCUGUGCAUUAAUUUUUUAUACAACAAUUCCAGCAGCUAAAAGGCAAUAUUAAAUGUUAAGAAAAAAAAAACUACUCGUUGUUCCACCAUAGAAGGGAAGAAAAAAAGAUAACCAUUGGUGGCCUGCAAAAAGGUGUCCAUAGAUCCACAGCCAGACGUGCUGACCACUGCACCGCGGAAGCGCAUAUUAACCCUAUACGGUGCAGUGAGGCAGCAGUGCAUGGUUAACCCAAGUGUUGACACCCACCCCCAUGAGUUUCAACAAGGGGCGAGGGAGGAGGCGCCUCGUGAGGUCUAGUUGACUCAGCAAGGUUAGCUUUACCUUAAUUGCCGUACAUUUAGGCAGCCCUGGCAGCGUGCCCCGUUGUGGGGCGACCGUCUGACUGACUGAGGCAGGCAGAUGAGGCGAGUGAAGGGGUUCCGCCAAUCCCGCGCCGAAGCUACUAAACCUGUAUUGUACGUGUCCGCGGUACCAAAGGCUAUACUGUAUACCAAGUAUUAUAUACUACUUGUAUUCAAAGUAAUAUGAAUCUUAUCGUUUAAAGUGAUGAAAAUUAAAUCGCGGGAAAUUCCAAACUACGUAGUAUCAUUAUACUGGAUAAUUACACUUUUCUAAUAUUUUUUCAACAAAUUAGAAAAUCCAAUUUCUGUUGAACAAAAUUAUUUGCAACGAGUGACAUGCCACGUACAAAACUCCUUCAAGUAUCGGUAGUAUUGGCAGAAAAUCAGCCGAUACCGAUACUCUUAAUGUGCCAAUACCACCGAUACAUCGGUACAUCCCUAAUGGUGGUGGUGAUGGAUUUAUUAUUUUAUUUAUUUUUUAUUUUUUUAUUUUUUAUUUUUCCAAUAAAGGAAACGGCUCAAGGGCAACAAAAAGAACGUAGAAAGAAAAAGCCCGCUACUCACCGCUCCCACAAGAAGGAGGAGCCUGGUGUGUGUGUGUGUGUGUGUGUGUUCAUACAUCAUACAAAUAUAACAAGCUUUCCCGCCACACUGUACAGCCAGUCACUCUGCUUGACACAUGAACUUUUUGGUGCUUCUAAUUAGCCAAACCCACACACUUCUGUUCACAAGACUUUCUAAAUGUUUCAGUAGCAUCUUCUGUGCUGUGCUCUCCUCAACCUCCUGAGAGCAUUGGCCCUUAGCUUCCUUGUGAGGACUUUCCCAGUAGCACAGUAAGAGUGCUGUGGAUGCUGCAGACAAAAAUUGAAGUGAACAAAUAUUUGGUCAUGUUUUCAAAGUGUUCUGCCACACAAUAUUUUUUUGGAAAACUUUACUUACUGCUUUGAAAAUGUCACUUACAAAAAUGUUAGCAUUAUAUUUCCCAAGGUGAUGACAUGACUUGAAUGCCUCCUGGGGGUCCUUCAAAGUCUAGGAUGAUCUAUUGAAGGUCAUUAAAUAAGUCCUUUUUCCAAACUUGAACUAUUUAUAAAAACAUUUUUUUGACUAAAGCAAAGAAUGUAGCCAUCAAAGAGAAUUCUCUGUCUUGGGAACAACAGUACAGUUGGUGACAGUUUUGGAUUUGUUUACAAAGCCGUUGUCUUCGUGGCUCCUUAUCAUGCGAAAAUGUCACUUACAAAACUUUUACUGCUAUAUUUCCCAAGGUGAUCACAUGCAUGGUUCAGCAGUGCUUGGCUCUUAUACCCGCUGGCCAUUCCCAGACUCUCACACUUGAAGGAAAGGCUUCGUGAAUGUAGAUAUGGAGACUGCAAAUGGCUAAAUACACUGUCCAGCGGUGUGUUGGGGCUUGAAUACUUUCCAGAGAUGAGACGGUGGGGAAGGAAAGUCCUUGCUGCUGUCUCAAGUAGUUUAUCUGUAAUGAAGUCAUUCAUUUUACCUUGAUUAUUCCUGGAAUACCUCCUGGGGGUGCUUGAAGGUCCUGGAUGACCUAUUGAAGGUCAUUAAAUAAGUCCUUUUUCCAAACUUGAACUAUUUAUAAAAACAUUUUUUUGACUAAAGCAAAGAAGGUAGCCAUCAAAGAGAAUUCUCUGUCUUGGAAACAACAGUACAGUUGGUGACAGUUUUGGAUUUGUUUACAAAGCAGUUGUCUUCAUGAAUCCCUUUUGUCAUACGAUCCUUGAAAGAAAUUGCAUUUUCCCUUGACUUGGACAUAUGUAAAGAAAGUCCUCAACAGUUCUCAGGAGUACUCCAUUAUCCCCUGUGAUCAAGUCUUGUGGAAACAGUGACGUCAUCUUGGAGAAAUAAAACUCACAAAGGCUGUAGCCAUCAAAGAGAAUUCUCUGUCCAUGGGAACUACAGUUGGUGACAGUUUUGGCUUUGUUUCUUGAUGGCUCCCUCUUAUCAUGUUCUUCAAACAUUCAAAGAAUUUUGAAUCACUCACAACAGAGUGCAGAAGCUUUUUCAUUGCAAAUAGAAUUUCUUGAGUUCUUCAAAGAAUUUUGAAUCACUCACAACAGAGUGCAGAAGCUUUUUCAUUGCAAAUAGAAUUUCUUGAGUUCUUCAAAGAAUUUUGAAUCACUCACAACAGAGUGCAGAAGCUUUUUCAUUGCAAAUAGAAUUUCUUGAGUUCUUCAAAGAAUUUUGAAUCGCUCACAGUUGAGUGCAGAAGCUUUUUCAUUACAAAUAUAAUUUCUUGAGUUCUUCAAAGAAUUCACUCACAGCAGGGUGCAGAAGCCUUUUCAUUGCAAAUAUAAUUUCUUGAGUUCUUCAGAGAAUUUUGAAUCACUCACAGAAGAGUGCAGAAGCUUUUUCAUUACAAAUAUAAUUUCUUGAGUUCUUCAAAGAAUUCACUCACAGCAGGGUGCAGAAGCUUUUUCAUUGCAAAUAUAAUUUCUUGAGUUCUUCAGAGAAUUUUGAAUCACUCACAGAAGAGUGCAGAAGCUUUUUCAUUACAAAUAUAAUUUCUUCAAAGAAUUCAAAGAAUUCACUCACAGCAGGGUGCAGAAGCUUUUUCAUUGCAAAUAUAAUUUCUUGAGUUCUUCAGAGAAUUUUGAAUCACUCACAGAAGAGUGCAGAAGCUUUUUCAUUACAAAUAUAAUUUCUUGAGUUCUUCAAAGAAUUUUGAAUCACUCACAACAGAGUGCAGAAGCUUUUUCAUUGCAAAUAUAAUUUCUUGAGUUCUUCAAAGAAUUUUGAAUCACUCACAGCAGGGUGCAGAAGCCUUUUCAUUGCAAAUAGAAUUUCUUGAGUUCUUCAAAGAAUUUUGAAUCACUCACAGAAGAGUGCAGAAGCUUUUCCAUGAAGUGAGCCCAAGGCAUCUUUUAACGUACUGGAGAGCUUCCUCAUUUACAGGGCAUUUGUCUAUUGCUCUACAAGUCCAGGUGGCCUUUUCAAGCCUUCUUCCAUGUUGGAGAGGCACCUGAGGAGCCACAUGCCAGCCUAUCACCAUCCAGGCUUUUAUCAGUAGCCAUGAAAAGAGUCCUCCAGUUUUUUGGGAAGUAGUUUUACCUUCCCUUGCACUAUCUGGCUGAGUAGGAAAUGGGUUGCUGUUUUUCUGUGACAAAGCACAAAAUGUGCCUUUCCUGAGAAAAAAAAUUGUUACCACCUCCAGAAAUUUUGGAGGUACUAAAAACAAAAGCUUUAAGGUGCAGUGAUGCUGAUCUUCAAAAUCCAAAUACAAGACUUUCUGAGCACAUAAGUUUCAUCUGCUUGCCUGCAUCCUUCAUUCCCAGGCUCACACACUGUCCAGCGGUGUGUUGGGACUUGAGUACUUUCCAGAGAUGAGACGGUGGGGAAGGAAAGUCCCUGCUGCUGUCUCAAGUAGUUUGUUUGUGAUGAAGUCAUUCAUUUUAACUUGAUUAUUCCUGGAAUACUUCCUGGGGGUGCUUGAAGGUCGUGGAUGAUCUAUAUAAGGUCAUUAAAUAAGUACUUUUUCCAAACUUGAACUAUUUAUAAAAACAUUUUUUUGACUAAAGCAAAGAAGGUAGCCAUCAAAGAGAAUUCUGUCUUGGGAACAACAGUACAGUUGGUGACAGUUUUGGAUUUGUUUACAAAGCAGUUAAAUUCUAGACACACUCUUUUCUGCUUGGCUGCAUCUCUGAAGCCACCUUAGUACUCUCAGAAAUUCUAGUAAAGUUUUAUCUAGUUUUUGUAGUAUGGUUUGCCUGAAAAUUUACAGUUUAUAGGUGAAAAAAAUAAGUGUGUGUGUGUGUGUGUGUGUGUGUGUGAUAGGGCUUAGUUCCGCACCUCUUAUCCUUUGACAUUUUUUUUUUUGUGUGUGUUUUUGUUUUUUUUGUUUUUUCUGUACACACACACACACACACAGACACACACACACAGGCUGUUUGUAUGUUUGUGGAGACGAUAUUUUUGCUCCUGACGCAUUAGAAUCUUUCAAGAAUCUUCCUGUUUGCAAGAAUGGCCGUUGUGUCUGUCCGUCUGUCUGUCUGUCCUGACCAACUCACGGCAUUCGCUUGUAAAACAUCUCUUGUUCUUGUUUAAUGUCUUUAUUUUCUCUUAUGUGAUGUGACGGUUGCUUACAAAAUACAUAUAUACUCCUGCUCUGUGAUGUUUGUCCUUUAGAUUAUUAUGUAUUAUAGGAAUGAGAUGAAUUUAAUAAAGUGAUCGAUAUUUUCUUUA